ACGAAGUCAAAUAUUCAAGCGGUAAACUUACGCGCUGCGCCCUGUGUGUCCUAAUAGAGAAAAACUACGUGAUUGAACGUGAACGAUUUGUGGGUUUGACUUCUUGUUAUUGAUAAUAUGCCGUAUCAUUGUUCUGUGCCGUAUUGCCGUGGUAAUUAUGACGCUGGCCCAAAAGUUACAGUAUUUCAAUUUCCGAAGGGUGAAACGUUGAGGAGGAAAUGGUUAUCAAGUAUUGGUCGGGUUAACUUUGCUCCUUCUCCAAGUUCUAAGGUAUGCCAUGUUCACUUUAAAAAGGAAGAUGUUAUUUGGGAAACACGAAUUUGUGAUGAAAGGACAGGCCAGGUAUUAGUUGCCCCCCUCAAAAAACCGCGCUUGAGGCUGGGUGCAGUUCCACUGUUAUUCCCAAACUGUCCUCCUCACCUCUCAAAAGAAGAGAGCAGACAUGAAGGACCAGCAGAGAAAAAUCUGGGGCUCGAAAGUGAACAUCUAGAAGCAGUAUUACAAAAAGGCUUUGAUGAUUUUAGCUUCAGUUCUUCGGAACAGUUACCAUUACAUAACAAGGAAGUGGAAUUGCCCUGUGAAUUGAAGCCAGUUGAGACAAAGAGCACGGUGAGGGGAAGUGUGCAAGGUCGCACCUCCCGUCAAUUUGAUCACACUUACGCUCGGCCUAUUCCUUCCAAAUCGAAGACCGAUUUUGAAGAUGUUGCGGAUCCUAAUCAAAGUCGGACAGCUGGAAGACACCAAAUUGUAGCUGAAGCACCCAAUGGAAAAGUCUCUCACUGUGGAAGCCGUGUGGUGCCAAGUUGUUUUACUAAGCAGAAGACCAAUAAUACUGCCUCCGCCAGUGAGUCCGGAGUCCCGAGAAGGGUCAGUGGCUUCUGCAACGGCAUCGGCUCCUCGCCUCGGCCUGGCCGACCUCUCGGCCCUCCACUGUCCCAUAGUCCGUCCUCCCGCCAAUAUAAAUGUGCAGUGUUCCAGUGUGAUACUAAUGCCCGAAAGAUGCCGGGUGUCGUGUGGCAUUCUUUUCCCAAAGACGAGUACUUGAGGUGUGAGUGGAUUGCCAGGUGCAAAUGUACGGGCAGAGUGAACGUGAAAGGUGGGAGAGUCUGCUCGCUUCAUUUUCGGCCGGAGGACUAUGAACAAGAUUUGAGAAACGAACUUCUCAGAUUACCCUCGAGAAAGAAAUUAGUACCGACUGCAAUUCCCAGCCUGAACAUUCUGAGUUGGAAUGAAGGUGAAAUUAAUAAGCGCAAGAAUCAGAGAAAGGAUGUCAGAUUGGAAGAGGAGCAGCAGAAGAUGAACUUCAUUGCUGGUGGCCUCCCAGGUCUCCAGAUUUCACUGCUUGUGACUUUUAUCUGCGGAGUUAUGUACAAGACAGCAUUUUUAUCCCCCCUGUACAUGACACCCUCGAAAGGCUGCAGCAUUGCACUGUUGAAGCUGGGAAUUCGAUGACGAGAGAUC